UCUACCCAACCAACCUAUCUGCGAAGUCCCCCUCUCCCUGCUACUCCAAUCAUCAUUAGCUUGUAACUGCGCUUGUCCCGCCUCUCUCAGCUCCUGUGAAAGGGACUGGGGUGAUUAAUGUUCCCUCUGCCGGUCUUCUAUACCCGGGAGUUUGGUUUACCUUGCAGCCCUCACCUUUUUGUGUGUUUUAUUUUUCCGCCACUUUAAAAAUUAUUUUCAAGACAAGUAGGACUUCUGAAGUUUCACCCCCACCACCUCUCUCGAACAGUGUCUCAAACGUAAGCCAUGCUACUACCCUCAUCACUACUGCUUCUUCUUGGCCUUCUAUCCUGGAGUCCCAGUGCAUCAUGGGCUGCUAAAGUGAUUGUGGUCCCACCUAUUAUGUUUGAAUCGCACCUCUACAUCUUCAAGACUCUGGCCACAGCACUGUACCAGGAGGGCCAUGAGAGUCAUUUUCUAGUUUCAGAAGGCCGUGAGGUGCCCCCCUCUCCUCACUACCACCUCCAACACUAUCCAGGGAUCUUUAACAGCAGCACAGCUGACAAUUUCCUUCAGUCCAAGGUUAACAACAUCUUCUCAGGCCGUCUGACAGUUUUGGAACUGUUUGACAUUCUUGACCACUACGCUAGGAACUGUGAUGCUGUCGUUGGCAAUGUUGAAGUAAUGGCCCGCCUCAAGGAAGCCAAGUUUGACCUGCUGCUGGUGGACCCUAAUGAGAUGUGUGGCUUUGUGAUUGCUCAUAUCCUGGAUGUGCAAUAUGCCGUGUUCAGCACAGGCCUGUGGUACCCUGCUGAGGCCGGUGCCCCGGCCCCAUUAUCAUAUGUACCCGAAUUCAACUCAUUGCUGACAGACCACAUGUCUCUAGUCCAGAGGAUCAAAAACACCGCUGUUUAUCUGGUGCAGCGCCUUGGGGUCCAUUAUGUUGCAUUGCCUAAGUAUGAUCAGAUUAUGAAAAAACAUGGAGUGAAGCCUAAAGCGGCCAUGGCUGACUUGGUGCAAGGCAGCCGGCUGUGGAUGCUAUGCACUGACAUGGCUCUGGAGUUUCCCAGGCCAACCCUGCCACAUGUGGUGUACAUAGGAGGCAUCCUCACCAAACCCCCCAGCCCACUGCCUCAGGAUUUUGAAGCCUGGGUGAAUGACACAGCACAGCAUGGCUUUGUGGUUGUGUCAUUUGGAGCUGGGGUCAAGUACCUUUCCCAUGAUAUUGCUCACAAACUGGCAGGAGCGCUCGCCAGACUGCCCCAACGUGUCGUGUGGAGAUUUUCUGGAGUUCCACCCAGUAACCUUGGCAGCAACACCAAGCUUGUUGAUUGGAUGCCUCAGAACGACUUAUUAGGCCACGCCAAUACAAGGGCCUUCUUGAGCCACGGUGGUCUGAAUAGCAUUUACGAGGCCAUGUAUCACGGGGUACCUGUGGUAGGUGUGCCCCUGUUUGGAGACCACUAUGACACUAUGACUCGUGUGGCAGCCAAAGGUAUGGGUAUUAUGCUCCACUGGAAGUACAUGACCGAGGAAGACCUCUACACAGCCCUGACCAGCGUCAUUACAGACUCCAGGUACCGCCAGCAAGCACGUCUUCUGUCCAGCAUUCACAAAGACCAGCCUGGCCACCCUGUGACCAGGGCUGUCUACUGGAUUAGCUACAUCCUCCGUCACCAUGGUGCCAACCACCUGCGCUCCGCCGUAUACAAGGUGUCUCUCUACCAGUACUUCUUACUGGAUGUGAUUGUUACUGUGGGGGCUGCUUUGGCUCUGACCGGCUUCACCUUGCACCGGUUGGUACGAUUGUUGAGGGGUAAGACUGGGGACCAGCGCAGAGGAGGUGGUAACAUCAGGGAUGAUGGUAACAUGGCUAAUGGACACUGCCAUAGUGAGAGCAUGGCCAACGGGAAACACAACCGCAAUGGCUCUUUGAAAAACGAGAAGAAGAUGAAUUAAUGUUAUGAAUGGCCAAGAAGGAUGAAGUAGUAGUUUGGCUUAGUAGUUUUAUGAAAACUAGGAGAAAAGGCUGUAUCAAGGCACCUGCUACUUAGAGCAAGCAAGAGGCUGUAGAAAGAUAAAGCAUCGUGUGGGGACAGACCAAGGCAUUGGGUGCUCAAAAUCUGUGCGCGUGUGUAUGUAUGUUAGUGGUUUGGUGUGUGUAUGUGUGCACUGAGGUGAAUUCAUGAAGGACACUUAACAACUGCAGCUAGAGCAAUACAUCACCAAAUUGUAAAGUCACUGAGGACAAAACACAGGAAAAACACAUUAGAUGGCAUCUUUCCUACAUGUACGUCUUCUCUUCAGCAUGUUCUUUGUUGUCUUCCUGCGUUCUUUACCAGUAGAGGGAUGGUGAAUGAGGGGGAACCCCUGAGUGCCAACCCUUUACCCUUAGAACUAAAUUAUAAAACAAACAGGUAACUUCUGAAGUGUUUAGAGUUUAAAUUACAACCUCUGCCUCAACACGUGUCUAGUAAAGUUUAAAUAGAGGACAAAGCUAUUUAUUACUGUACACAUGCAUUAUAAUGAAGGACUUUUUUAACCGUUUACUCUUGUUUUUAAUUUAUUUCAUGUAUUGGUCAUGUGAAAUUGUGGUGGUAGAUGUACAGUAUACUCCCCGCUCUAAGUUGAUACCUGCAUUGUGAAACAAAACAAUGACGGCAGGAGCACUGUGCACAGAUCUGUGCUUUCUGUUGUUAUCCACAGUAGUCACGGUGGUUGUGUUUUUACUAAUCAGACAGUUGAAAAAAAAAAUUUUUUUUCCUUUUCACAUGGUAGUGCCAACCUGUGACUGUGCAUAGUUGUGCAGCAUUCCCAUUGUCUCUUGACUGACCUGUGCUCUGGUACAGGGUAUCUCCACUGAACUAUGUUUGGCUCAUCAGUGUGAAAAGGGUUAUAAUCUUGUUAAAUUAUGAAGUAAUGAUAUUACCGUGGACACUGUGGAUCUGCAGAGUCAGAUCACAUGCGCUUCAGCUCAUCCAGUCAGGUGAUCAGGGCUGAGUGACUGAUUGGUGAUUACUUGCUUCAUCUGUCCCAUGUCUUAAUUCUGCACGCUUCAUCAGUUUGUCAACUAGGAAAGAUUGCUCACUUGAUUGCCAUUUUUAGUUAAACACUUGACUUUGUAUAUCAUUGUUCUAUGAUUUAUUUGUUGAAUCUGCUCUAAAGCAGACCUUCAGUAAUCAUAUUGACUGAGUGUAAAUGAUUAAUAUUCUAUUAUGUGGCCAUUUAUAAUGACAAUGUGUGUAUGAAGUAUGCGUGAAUACCAGUGUGUAAGUGUGCUUGUUGUUUCAAUGCUUGUGUGUUUUAGAUCACUUUACAGGUUUAGACUGUGUAAGGGUGAAACAAAGCAGAUGAGAUCAGGUUUAGCCCAUGAGAGCCAUUUAAAAACAGGCACUCUCUUUUAACUUAUUCUCUUAAUUUGUUAUCAUACUGAGUGCAUGCAGUGGAAAGAGAUUUAAUGUUUUGUUCUUUUGAGUAAUCAUCCUAUGUGUCAUUCCACUCCGCAUUAUUUUGCUCUUGUUUCUUGCCCAUUGUUUUGCCUUCAUCUCUGUUCAUUCUAAAUGCAGAUCAGGGGAGGGCGUGAUCAUCUGAUAACGCGCGCAAAACAAAAUGUCCACAAUGAAUAGCAAUGUGUCCAAGUGACACUGAUCCCUGCUGCAGAAUUCCAUAUUCAUGAAGCCCAGUCAGUGACAUCAAAGUACACACAAGCUGGAAGGGUAUCUUUGGCAUUUGUGGGGAUUCUGUAUCUUGCUAUUGGGCAUCCUACUAAAGGCACUGUUUACAAACUUAAUAAUGCCUCACACACAGACAAAACUGGCAA